CGCUGCUCGCGGGCCGGGGAGGGGGCGGCCGGGCGCUGCGCGACGGGUCCGCGGAGGGACGCUCGCAGGCGCGGCGGAGAGCGCCCAGGCCAGCUGGGCUUCUGCCGCUGGGCUCGCCACCGGGAGCCCCGGCUGCGACCGCUUUCGGGAGGGACAAUUGACCUCGCCCUGCGGGAGAGAGGGGCGUUCGCCUCCAGGAGAGGGAGGGAGGGAGGAGCUUGGGCUCGCAGAAAGUUCGCCUCCUCCGAGGGCCAGAGGAGGUGAAGUGGGAGGAGGAGCGUGUUUAAGGCUAACUCGGAGCUACGUGCGAAACCUUGGGGCGGCGUUCAAGGCCCCCUCCCACACGCGCGCGGAGCUGAGCGCCCUGCUCCUCCUCCAGCUGCUGGCGUCGCCUCGCAGGGAGAAAGGAGCCGUCCCUCCGGCGCUGGGAGAGCUGCAGAGCUGCAGGCAGAGGAGGAGGCCGCGGCGAGCGGGGCAGCACCCCCACCCCGAGCGACCCCCCCCCUCCCCCCCGAGAGGGCGGAGAAGGUGGCAUAGGCGGCCAGCACAGGUUCGCCCACUCCGGACGCGCACACACGCACGCACCCACAGGCAGCUCAAAGGACCCUCUUAAAGCCCCGGACUCGCCCCUACCGCCCUCCCCCAGCCCCGGAGACCUAGGCGGGGACCCCGGGAUCGGACGUCCCCGCGCCUCCGGGCACCUGGCUCAGCAGGAGUCCCCCGGGUCGGGGCAGGGCAGGGCCGGCGGCGAGCCCGAGCCCGCCCGGUGCCCAGGCCCCUCUGAGCCCUUGGAACCCACCAAUGGGGCACCGGCUCCCCAUGUCCCCUCGCCCGGCCGCGCCCAGCCCGGCGCCCGGAGCCGCGCAGAGGAGGAGCCCGGCGCAGUGACCCCGGAGCCGCUGCAGACUCUGGAAGCCUCGGCGGCGGCAGCGGCGGCGGCCGGAGAGGCCAGCAGUUCCCCGCACCUCCAGGCGCUUCCAGGCAGCCCUCCAAGCUGUGCCAGAGCCCCAGCCCGCCAUUCUCAGACAGAAAACGGACACCUAGACCGGAGCCACGCAGAGGAGGCCAAGGCUGCCAGCAAGAGGCUGCAGGGCCGGGUGCAGGGCCUCCUGACAUCGGCUCCCCGCUCCAUGCCGCCGGCCCGAGCCAUGAUGAAGACCUUGUCCAGCGGGAACUGCACGCUCAGCGUGCCCGCCAAGAACUCGUACCGCAUGGUGGUGCUGGGCGCCUCACGGGUGGGCAAGAGCUCUAUUGUCUCCCGCUUCCUCAACGGCCGCUUCGAGGACCAGUACACGCCCACCAUCGAGGACUUCCACCGAAAGGUCUACAACAUCCGAGGCGACAUGUACCAGCUGGACAUCCUGGACACGUCCGGCAACCACCCCUUCCCUGCCAUGCGCAGACUCUCCAUCCUCACAGGUGAUGUUUUCAUCCUGGUGUUCAGCCUGGAUAACCGUGAGUCCUUCGACGAAGUCAAGCGCCUCCAGAAGCAGAUCCUGGAGGUCAAGUCCUGCCUGAAGAACAAGACCAAGGAGGCGGCGGAGCUGCCCAUGGUCAUCUGCGGCAACAAGAACGACCAUGGCGAGCUCUGCCGUCAGGUGCCCACCACUGAGGCCGAGCUGCUGGUGUCCGGGGACGAGAACUGCGCCUACUUCGAGGUGUCGGCUAAGAAGAACACCAACGUGGAUGAGAUGUUCUACGUGCUCUUCAGCAUGGCCAAGCUGCCCCACGAGAUGAGCCCCGCCCUGCACCGCAAGAUCUCCGUGCAGUACGGGGACGCCUUCCACCCCAGGCCCUUCUGCAUGCGCCGCGUCAAGGACAUGGACGCCUAUGGCAUGGUCUCACCCUUUGCCCGCCGCCCCAGCGUCAACAGUGACCUCAAGUACAUCAAGGCCAAGGUCCUUCGGGAGGGCCAGGCCCGCGAGCGGGACAAAUGCACCAUCCAGUGAGCGGGAGGGACGCUGGGCUGGGGCUAAGGCAGUGCCUUACGGGAGGUGGCCCCAGGUGCCCGCUGCCCGUAUGUCCCCCCCCCCCCCCCCCCCCCCCCCCCCCGCCCCUUAACGAGACCCCGACAGCAGCCGUGUUCAAAGGCCUCUGGCGCCAGACUGGGCGACCCCAGCCUCCGACCUCUGUAUGUUCUCCUUGCCUUCUCACCACUUCCCUCUGAUUCUGCUUUUCUGAGGUCCCCCUGUGCUUUCAGCUCCUCCGUGCGGGGCCAGAAACAAGGUUGGGAGACCUCGGGACUUGUUCGGCACCCAAGUCAGAGCCGCCCUAUCCUUGGGGUUGAUGCCGGAGGGGCCAGACUCCCUGCCUUGACGGAACUUCCUGGAAUAGUCGCGGGGUGAUAACGAGCCCCGGAGCCAAAUGGGAGAGGACGCUCGCCCUCCAGUCUCGGCUCAGCCGUUUCCGCGCCCCCCCACCCCUGGGGUGACCCCCAGGAGUCCCCACCCGUGAGCCAGGGCCGCCAACCCUGUGUUGGAAGAGGGGCGUGGCCACGUCCCCAGACCCCGCCCAUCCCGGACAGCCGGCCUCCACCGUCUCCCGCAGAUUCCUCCCCUGUCUGCUGGCUGUGCUUUGCUGUCCUCCCGUGGUGCAUUGUGCGUAGCUGCCGGAACGUAAAUCCUUGUACUGAAAAGCUACCCCCGCCUCGUUGGCCGGCCCCCCCCCCCCCCCCCCCCCCCCGCUCCCCGGCCAGGUUAGACCCGCUGCCUCUGCUGGGGACACCUCUUUCCCCGAUCCCGAUCCCGGACAAGGUUUCUGGGGCCUGCCUCCGGCUAGACACUGCCCUCCGUCGUGAGCUUCACAGUUUACACUUGCACUGGGGAGGUGGGGGGGCAGGCUGGGGCUGCUUCUCCUCCUGCCCCCCCACCCCCCGUUUCACAGAGGAGGCGGCUGAGACUCAGGGGGGAGGUGGCACGUUCCAGCCCAUCCCCACCCCACCAGGUUCAGGGCAAGGCUCUGCCUAGAACCACGCCGUCUUCUACUGUGCUCGCUCCUCAAGCAUUUAUUGAGCACCUACUGGGUGCUGGGUCCACUGUGUGCUAGGAAACAAAGAGGGUGAGCAGUGCACUUUAUGCCCCCAAGGCCAGGCCCUUCCCCAGCCUCGGCCUGUUUCCCUCACCCGCAUGGCCUGUGCCCGCCCCUGCCACCCCACUGCUCUGUGCCCUGUGCGCUGUUUGGGGGGGGUGCAGGAGCAGCUGGGAACCCCCGCCGAGCCCAGAGAGGUAGGUGGGAAGGCUCCUCGUGGGUCCCUAGCUUGUGCCUAGCGCUGGGCUUCUGCGUCCCAGGUGUGGCGGGAUUUGAGCCUGCAGACCAAAGGUCUUGUCAUCAGCUCUUAACAAGUACAUUUUGUAUCUUAAUCUCCUUUAAAAUAUUGAGACUUAGGGCUACAAGGAACCUUAGUGAUCAUCUAGUGAAUCUUUCUGAGGCCCAGAGAGGGUGAGUGACUCCUGCUCACUCCAGCCCACACAGCAAAUCUGUGAGUGGCAGAAGCGGGGCUAAGUCUGGGUAUUCGGCACUCCCACCCCCUCUCUUGAUGCUUCUUCAGCCCCGGGGCGGGGAGAGGGGAAGCCUUCAGAAACCGGAGGUGUCUUUUCCCUGACCCUCUCUCUAGAUCGGUCUUCGAGGGCUCCUAUAAAUUCUGUGUACGUCAUGCCCAGAUACGUCCGUGUACACACAUGUGAACACAAAGCUAAAUACUUGCCCUAGCUCCAGCUCUGCAUACUCCAUACCUCUACCCUGGCGCCCCGCUUCUGUGCCCUCACCCGGCCCCAGCCUGCACCCUCUAAGCAGACUGGGUACCCUGGCCAGGACAGGUGUGUGGUCUGGUCCCACCCGUGAUGCCCCCGCUACCCGGGAUCUCUGUGUGCGCUACCAAUUAAAGUGGGUUUGU